CUUUCGUUAGGUCGUACCCGCUGUACCACUCGUACGAUCGACGUUAAAGACAUCGCUGAAAUAAGAUUAGUACCACCGCCUGAAGGAGUACUACCGGCGACGAAACGCUUUAUAUUUUUUUAAAUACGGAAAUGUGCUCGAAGCGGAGCUAAUUUUUAGUGUUUGUUGCUAAUAGGGAUUUAGUUGUAACUUUUAAGAUGAAAAUUGACGUUGUAGUGAGUUUGUGUCUGUUGGGAUACUUUUUUAAGGAUGUAGGAAGUGCUCAGGUCAGGCAGAAUAAAAUAGGUGCAAGAAAGCUGUUUGGAGGUUACCGAAUCACACCUAGAUAUUGCAAGCCGAGCCGCCCACCUGCAGAACCUUUGGGUGGUCCAAAUAUAUGUAUGUUCAACCACGAAUGUAGACAAAAGAAUGGCCUAGUAGUUGGUGCGUGUAUGGACGGUUUUCUCUUCGGAGCUUGCUGUCAACUUCCGCCGGGAGUUUCUGUUGGGGAAUUUGUGGAAGAAGAAUCUGUUUCUCCAUAUAUAGUAGAAAAUGGUAUUUCAACUAGAAGACCCAUUACGACCCCUUUGGAUAUAACUUCGCUUGGAGUUUCACAAAUAGCCGAAUCCUUACUCAACCCUGGAGUGCUUCCUACUGCCAUGGAUAAUGAAGUAGUUCAAGUUAGUAGUAAUCAACACUUUUCUACUGCUGGUGUGACACAUCCAGAAGCACCAGACACUUUGCUAGUUAAUCAACUAGAGAACGAAAUCGACCCUGGCUACUUUAUGCCUACUAGUCAACCUGUCGACGAAAAAAGAACAACUCUUAAAAAUGACGAAUAUCAAAAUACCCCUAUCAUAGCUAUAUCGAUAUCCAAUGCACCUUUAGAGUACACCACGGUUUCUGGUUUCAGCAAACCAAUCUUUAGACCAAAACCAAUCAAGCCUAAUGAUAAUAAUUACGUUAGAAUUCCUACUAUCAAUCAUAAUGCUCCAAAACCCAACAAAACACAAGAAUAUGAUUCAAUUGUAAAUAUAUUACAGGUUAUAAAUGGCAAUGCUACGCGAAGACCGACUCUAGCUACGCGAAUACCACCAACAGAAGUUGUAAUUACUUCUAGAAAACCACCUUCUACAUCCUAUGUUUUCAGUACUACCCUCCCACCAAGACGCACACAACCCACCAAAAAGAAAUCCACUACAAAAUCCACUAAGGUCCCUAACUCUUCUUUCUUUACUUCUACUAAAACAACAUACGCCUAUUCUCCUACUGCGUUCGUUACAUCCAUUAAACCUCCUUCUACAUCAUACGUGUAUAGCUCUACUCCACCAAGACGUCCCCCAGCAUCAUCAACUAUGACUUCACACAUCGUGGGUCCAACAUUUAGCGUUAGUUCAAGACCAGUCUCAAGUACAUUCUCGACCCCAGCUCCUACUAUAAUAGUUUUAGGACCAGUAACCGAUGAAAUUGGCACAGAAUAUACAAAACCAAGUACAUACCAACAGCAACAGUAUCCCGUUACCUUGCAAAGACCUACUGCGUUGCCACAACGAAAACCAGCUACUGGUAAACCAGUUCACCACGUCACUAUUAAUCAGCAUGUUACACAAAAUUAUUAUAGUACAACGGAAAGACCUCUGCUUAACUCCUACGGUUCUAGUGAAAGACCCUCCCCAACUAUUUUGAUUACUCCAAAACCUAGUUCAUCCUUCAGGCCGCAGGAUUAUUCAGACAUUAUUGAAGUGGGAACUAUACCUUCAGCACCAGAUGAUGAUAAUAUUAAUUUCCCACCUGUAAGAAACCCCAACCUAAAUAUGUCCAACAUUCACACGUUGAACGAAAAUGAUAUCACUACACCAGUAUUUAUAGAGGAUGAAGCAUUAAAUGCGAAUGUAGAAUCAUUCGUAAAUAAAAUAAUAGAAGGUUUACAAGAACCUUUCCACGGACUGAAAGAUGUUGUUUACAACCGAAGAAAUUCCACGAUCUUAUCAGUAGGUACCACUACAAAGAGUACCACAAAAAAACCUUUGAAACAAGGAAAUGUCACUAAAAAACCAGUAAUUACGACAUUAAGACCAGCAGCUACUACUUUAAGGCCAGUAAACACAAGAAUCACAACUACCUCGAGACCUGGAACUACUACAAGGCGACCUGGAAAUAGAAAAACUACACAAAUAGUUACAACUAAAAAGCCAGUCACUACUAUUAAGAAGACAAAACCAACCAAGAAGCCCUUAACAACUACUCCAACGUUUAUUGAACACUCUACAGACAAUGUGGUCAUUGAUAGUGAAGAUUACAGGACACAAUGUGGUAUCCGUCCAUUAGUACGCGCAGCCAAAAUCGUUGGAGGAAAAGGAGCGCAAUUCGGAGAAUUUCCUUGGCAAGUGCUGGUUAGAGAAUCCACCUGGUUGGGACUAUUUACCAAAAACAAGUGCGGAGGCGUACUAAUUAGUCACAAGUACGUCAUGACUGCUGCCCAUUGCCAGCCAGGAUUUUUGGCAUCACUCGUAGCCGUUUUUGGAGAGUUCGAUAUAUCUGGAGAUUUGGAGAAGAAGAGGCCCAUUAGCAGAAAUGUCAAGAGGGUGAUAGUACACAGACAAUAUGAUGCACAGACGUUUGAGAAUGACUUGGCGCUGUUGGAACUCGAACAACCGGUGCAGUUUGAUCAACACAUACUUCCCAUCUGUCUUCCACGAGAUAACGAAGAUUUCGUAGGGCGCAUGGCCACAGUUACAGGAUGGGGCCGCCUUAAAUAUGGAGGUGGAGUACCAUCUGUGCUCCAAGAAGUCCAAGUUCCUAUUAUGGAAAAUCCUGUAUGUCAAGAGAUGUUCAGGACAGCAGGACAUUCGAAGGUUAUACUAGAUUCGUUCCUAUGUGCAGGGUAUGCAAAUGGACAGAAAGAUUCUUGCGAGGGUGAUUCUGGUGGACCUUUAGUACUUCAACGGCCGGACGGAAGAUACCAGCUAGCCGGUACAGUUUCCCACGGAAUCAAAUGCGCAGCACCGUACUUGCCAGGAGUAUACAUGAGGACACAAUUCUUCAAACCUUGGAUAACAUCUAUAACAGGUGUUACGGCGCCGUAGGUUAGAACAAAGUGAUUUUAGGAAAAAAAAUUUACGUCUUGUUAAUGUAAUGUUGAUGAAACUUUUCGAGCAUUGCUUUAAUGAUUGAAGUCCUGAUUUAUUUUUGUACAGAGUGUAACAUAUAAGACAACAGUUUUUAUAAUCAAAACGGUUUUAUAUCAAAACGAUAUAUUAUAAACCAGAUUAAUUUUCAAAGGAUUUAUAUAUGAGUUGUUGGCAUAAGUCAGCUGGCAAAUUUGCAACAAAUAAUUACGUUUUUACAACAAGUGUUCAAAAUUUUCACCAUUCACCAAAUUCAGACCUUAAGUAUGCCCCAGAAUCCAUAGGAGUAAUGUCUGUCGGCCCUGGAGCUCACGGUUUCUUUCCAGGUCUACCGGUUCACCCAGGAAAAUGCUGGUUUAGCAUAAUUUAGCUUCGUUUCCUAGGACGUCAGUUGACUUAUGCCUACCGCUGUAUUAGUCUAGUCCUAGUAUAUACGAGCAAAAACGCUACACGAGUUAAACAUCUUCUUGCCAAAAACUUUAUAUGAAACAGAGGUAAGAACAAAAUGUUCCAGGAACCAGAUAUAGAAAUAGAGUUAUAACUGGAAGAAAAAUGUUUUUUCUGCAGACGUCCCGAAAAUAAAACUUUCGGUAUGAUUUAUUAAAUCGAAAGUACCAUUUUACACAACUCGUACCGAAAGUAGCUACUUUUGGGACUAAUUUUUUCACUUUCGGGACGCUUUUUUUACUUUCGGGACGAUUUUGGUUAGCUAGGUAACGGCUUUGACAAUAACAUCAACUUUAUAUUUUAUUAUGACAGAUUCAGAGAUUGAAAAUGGCCGCAACCAAAUUAAUAUCUCAAAAAAUAGUAAAAGUACUGACAUGUCUAACACUAAUUUCAAUACUGCCACUUCUGUUAAUAUUCCUAACAAUAUCAAUGUAAAUAAUUGUUAUAAUUGUAAAAAAACAGAUAACGGCAGUUUUGUUUUAGUUUGAUUCAGAGUUGGACCACCAUCUCCAGAUAGCUAUUUCUGCAUCUCAUGCAUCCUCGGUGGAGCUAUGCAGUCACAACUCUGAAACAAACAUUAACAACCCUGCCUAUUUAAGGCGAACCAUCGCGAUGCAAUGAUUCCACCUUUGAGACGCUAUCUAGCGACAUCUCUCGCAAUAAGAGGAAAACAACGAGAAGCCCCAGAUACAAAGUUUACUUCUUUUUAAACAAUUAGAAUAAUUGAAAUUAAAAAUAUAAUAAACAAUAUUUUAAAUCUAAGACUUUUCGCUAAUAAACUUCUUUCUGGCUGCAUCCUGUAUCUCAGGUUUUUACAAUAUAUAAACACAGAGACGACGAAAAUAGGAGAAAGCAAAUAUAUGACACUUUGGCCACGCAUUUACCUUCCCUUCGUCAAGAAAAAGGACCGAAAGACAGUUUAUAAUACUCAAUUCUGAGUAAAGAUUAAAAAAUAGAUAACGGUAGUUUUGUUUUAAUUUGAUUCAGAGUUGGACCACCAUCUCCAGAUAGCUAUUUCUGCAUCCCAUGCGUCGUCGGUGGAGCUAUGCAGUCACAACUCUGAAACAAACAUUAACAACUCUAAAUCAAAUUAAAACAAAACUGCCGUUAUCUCUUUUUUCAUCUUUACUCAGAAUUGAGUAUUAUAAACUGUCUUUCGGUCCUUUUUCUUGACGAAGGAAGGUAAAUGCGUGGCCAAAGUGUCCUCUAUUUGCUUUCUCCUAUUUUCGUCGUCUCUGUGUUUAUGUAUUGUAAAAACCUGAAAAACAGGAUGCAGCCAGAAAGCAGUUUAUUAGCAAAAAGUCUUAGAUUUAAAAUAUUGUUUAGUAUAUUUUUAAUUUCAAUUAUUCUAAUUGUUUAAAAAGUAGUAAACUUUGUAUCUGGGGCUUUUCGUUGUUUUCCUCGUAUUGCGAGAGAUGUCGCUAGAUUGAGUCUCAAAGGUGGAAUCAUUGCAUCGCGAUGGUUCGCCUUAAAUAGGCAGGGUUUACCAGGGCAGGGACCACCAUCUCCAGAUAGCUAUUUCUGCAUCCCAUGCGUCCUCGGUGGAGCUAUGCAGUCACAACUCUGAAACAAACAUUAACAACUCUGAAUCAAAUUAAAACAAAACUGCCGUUAUCUCUUUUUUCAUCUUUACUCAGAAUUGAGUAUUAUAAACUGUCUUUCCGUCCUUUUCCUUGACGAAGGGAAGGUAAAUGCGUGGCCAAAGUGUCCUCUAUUUGCUUUCUCCUAUUUUCGUCGUCUUUGUGUUUAUACAUAUAUUGUAAAAAUCUGAGAUACAGAAUGCAGCCAGACAGCAGUUUAUUAGCGAAAAGUCUUAGAUUUAAAAUAUUGUUUAUUAUAUUUUUAAUUUCAAUUAUUCUAAUUGUUUAAAAAGUAGUAAACUUUGUAUCUGGGGCUUUUCGUUGUUAUAAUUGUGUUAUUAAUAUUCAGAAGUAGAUUUUUCUAAUGUUGAAUUCACGAGAGUAACUUUAAAGUGUUUAAUAAAAGUUCAUAAGUAAAGUUUAUCGAUAUAUUCUUUUUAACAUACAAAACGGAUGCAGAAAAUAUAUUGUACGUAACACGAUCCAAAAGUGAUUUUACGAGACUCGCAUGAUUCCAGGAUUCGCCUACGGCUCGCCCUGGAAACUUCCUACUCCUCUUGUAAAAUAUCACUUUCGGAAAUUGUUACGUAAAUUACUAAUCUCUUAUUCUUAUCAGUGACUAAAAUUAUUAUUAUUUUGACAUAAUGUUGCACUCUAACAUAUAUUUUUGGUAGCUAGUCAUACAUUAUUUAAAAGAAUUUAUAAUUAGGGCUUUUGUCAUUUAAUUUGUCCACUAUGAAGGUAAACAAGUAAACAACGUAUAUUAAUCAUUUCAGUUGCAGGCACAAAAUUAGUAGCGCCCAAAACAUUUUCAUAAUUAAUGUUAAUUACUGCACCCCACUAAAUGAACCAUAAUUUUGAAGUUAAUUUCCUUUUUGACAGAAUUUCAUUUGUUUUUUCAACUUUCGACUAACGAAUUAAUGUACUUACUAAUGUUUUCUGAGAAAUGUCAACGUUUUACUCAUAUACAGGGUGUAAAAAUAAAGUUGUGUUUUGAAAACCCACCAUUUAAAAAAAGGUAAUACCUUCCUCAUGAAACUUUUUUUGAUUCAGUUACUCAUGUCGGAUCGGAAAACUUUUAUAUUUCGGAAAAUUUUCGAGAGGAGGGUAUUUCGUAAAUAUAGAGGUUUCCAAACUUUGAUGUGUGUGUGUGUCCGAGAACUGGAAUACCUUUAAAAAUUUGUAGGAUAAUAUUACCAGUAAAUUAUUGUAAGUAUUUUUAUCAAACAAUUUUGCGAAAAAAUAUCGGUUCUUUUGAUGUGUGUAAAUUAAAUACUUCCUAGCUGAGCGCUUUCGGCUUAUAAAGCCAUCUUCAGAGCUAUGCUACAAUAAAAAGGUCUCUAAUGAAUAAUUGAUUUUAGAAUUCAAAAUUUAACUUACGUCAAAAGGUUCCAAAUACCACUAUGAAAAGAGAUGGAUCCCAUGUAUGAUAUAAAAAUAAUUCUAUUUUCUUAUGCAGUUUUUUUAAUUGAUGGAAGAAAAAUUGGAAAAAAACCUUGUGUGACUUGUGUGAAUGCUCAACUUUGCUAUUGUUUUGAGGUCGGAAAAGUUAAAAACAUCUAUUAAUAGCACAAAGGACUUUCACACGAAAAAUUACAUUACAUAAAACGAAUAUUUGAUCAUGGUAAGGUCAAGAAACCUUACCAUCUGAAGUCUACGGUGUCAGAAUGCAGAAUGGCGGCAUGUGGCAUGUAGGCUUUUAAUGACAGCCGACACAGACAAGGAUAUGCUCGUUAAGGUGCUUUCACUUUUUCCCAUAUCAAGUGACAGUUGACAUAUGACAUUUUAGCAUAUGAAUUGAACAACUUUUCAACAAAGUCAGUAGUUACAUACAUCUAGUUUUAAAAAAUAUAAUGAAAUACAUAUUGAGAAAAGACUUAAGGUCCAAGAUAAAUCAGUUGACAGAUUAUCCUUUAAAAACUGAACUCAAAUCUUUUUUAAAUAGUACAGGAUGUAAAGAAGCUUGAUGGUGAAGUUUUUCUAUUAUUGAGUAAGUCGCAAAUUUCAUUAGGUGCACUAUGGGUGUCUUGAAGAUGGAAAAUAAAUUAAGAAUGAAGUGGCUGAAGAUAAAAUCGACAAACUAAAUAAAAGUGGUAUUUACAAGCUGUCUUGUGGGGAUUGUAACAUGACUUAUGUAGGCAGAACUAUGAGGACCCUUUCUCAAAGGAUCAAGGAACAUCUCAACAAUCUAGAAAAAUCCAACUUUGGUUAUCACGUUAAAUUUAGCAACAAUUCCUAUUCCUUCGCCCCUUCCAAAAACAGUACAAUUUUACAUAACAUACCAACCAAAAACUACAGACAAAUGAACCUUUUAGAAGAUCUAGAGAUAACUGAAGAAAUGAAACUUAAUCCUGAUUUUUGCUUAAAUACACAAAUCAAUCUUAAUUACAACUAUAAACCUUUAUUCAGACUCUUGUGAGAGACUCUGGAGGAAGAAGUUUGACCUCAUGCAAUCAAAAACACCCUGUAACUCGGUUAUAAAAAUCGGUCGGGCGAUAAAUGUAAUAUAUCUAGAACCGCCUUAAUGACCUCUAUUUAUCAUUCAAGCAUUUCCGUUUCCCAAUGAAAAACCCUGCAUACAGAGUGGACCAAAAUUCUGGAAACGCCUAAUUAAUUAUCUCUUAAAUGGAUGGUCUGAACUAUACAAAAGUAGAGAUGCACCUUUCUGCAGUAUGAAGAUUUGAAAGGUGAUAUUUGUAACGUCGCCAGAUUUACUACUGUUCUGAUAUCAUUAGUUACUUUGGUUUCAUAGAUACAACAAAAAUAUGAUAUUUUGGGAUUUCAAAAUUUUGUACUAAAAUUUUCUUAAAUAGUAUAUUAUAUGUACACCUGAAUGGAAAUGAAUUUUGAUACAAAUUUUGAUUUAUAUAAUAUGACUUACCGCGAAAAUAUUUGCAGACCCUCAUCAUUUGGAACGGUUAAAACAUCUUUUUUCAGUAUUACCUAUUCACAUGUUUUAGCGCUCACUUUUGUUAAAUUUCUUAAAACCUGUAAAUAAAAAUAAUAAUUUUAACAAAGCGUAUCAAAAUGUACAAAAAAUAAUUAAAUAUUUGAAUAUUUUUAGAUUGUCGUAGGUCCCAGAAAAGUUUCAUUAACAUUACAAUUGAUUUCAAUAACAGAAGAAAUUGUUUAUUGCCAUCAAAUUUUAAAACACCAGCGUUUCGCUUAGAAACAUUUUUAGUUGACUCAAUUUAAAAACUGUCUAAAAAUACUUUAGACACACAUUUUUUUAUUGGGACACUUCAUAAAUAGGAAACAUUUUAAUGAUUUCAUUAAAAAUCAUCGAUACAAAUUCCUGGUUAAACACGAAAUCUAAAGUUUGACAAGGCAGUAUCCUGGAACCUCAGUUUCACCUAUCAUACAGCGUAGAUUUAACUAUGAGUGACGCGAAUAUCUAAGAAAAAUUUGCAGCGAAAACUUUUCUCUUUCUAUCCCAAGAGAAUAAAAAUCAGUUGGUUUGUAUCACUCAUCGGACGAACUGUCCAUUUCCGAGCAGGAAUAUCUAUGUUCCCUUAGAGUGAAUCAUUUAACAUUGAGCUCAUGUCAUCUUAAUUUUACAAUUUAGUAAUAUUACUAUGUACUUUAAAUCAGUGUUUCUCAACCUUUUUGUGUCAUGUAUGUACCACAAAAUUCUUUUAAUUAUUUUUGGUACCACCUACCUGAAAUACCUAUCAAGCUAGGUAAUCUAAUUAACAACAAAAUGUUGAAUUUUGGCUGUGUUUUUGUUUUGUGUACUACCGCAAAUAAUUAUAUGCUCCACCAGUAGUAUUAUGUACCACUGAUUAAGAACUCCUGCUUUAAAGGAUUUAAUAACCAAAAAUUUGGCUAGUUUCAACUACUUUCAGGACGUUUUACUGAUGAUAAUGACGAUCUGACUGGAGCUAAAACGUUCUGAAGAUUUGUAAUCCCGUUGGAUGUAUUUAAAUUUUUUUUAUAAAAAAUUAACCAUUAUCGUAUACAGCUAACUACUGGGAUUUUCCCUUUUAACUUUUUUUAAUAAAAAUAUCGCUUCAAAAAUAAAAUACAGCCAGUGGCGCAUUAAAGCUAAAUAACAAAGUCUAUUCAAGUGAUUCACAAAGCGAAAAGAAAAUUGUCCACCCACCACAAUCCUUGCAUCAAAAUGAAGUAAAAUAUCUAUAAAAAAUAUAUCUAUAAAUAUACAGUAUGGUGCAAAUGAAAGGAAUAAAUUCGUUAUUUCGUAAACCGGCGACUUUAAGGAAAAAUCCCGAAUCCCGAAAAAAGUCGAUUUUUAUUUUUAAAUUACGAUAUUUUAACAUAUAUAUGUCAUACUAGUGACGUCAUCCAUCUGGGCUUGGUGACGGAAUCAAUGAUUUUAUUAAAUAGGAAUACGGGUCGUGUGCCAGCUCAUUUGAAAGAUCAUUCAGUUAUCUAUUCAGUAAUAUAAACAUUUACAUAAAUAUUUACACAGGGUGUCCAAAAAAAAUUUUAAUUAAAUUAUUUGAGAAAAAAAAACGAAGACUGUAUGUAAUUUAUAUAAUACAUUUUACUGUUACCCAAAAACAGAAAAAAAUGUUUAUUUCAGAAAUAAACAUGGCUUUUCGAUUAAAUUCAAUGUUCAAGCCAGCUCCCGCCAGCCACCUGCGUCUUGGAAGUUUGAACAUUUAAUUUAAGCGAAAAGCAAUGUUUAUUUGUGAUAAAGAUAUUUUUUCUAAUUUCUGACAGCAGUAAAAUGUAUUUUAAAUAAGAUAAAUCACAUAUAUUCUUCUUUUUUUGUCAAAUAAUUUAAUUUAAAAAAAAUUGGACACCCUGUAUAAAUAAUUAUAUAAAUGUUUAUAUUACUGAAUAGGCAAUUGAGUAACCUUUCAAAUGAGGUAGCACACGACCCCUAUUCUUAUUUAACAAAAUCAUCGAUUACGUCAUCACGCCCAAAUGGAUGACGUCACUAGUAUGAGAUAUAUUCCAAAAUAUCCUAAUUUAAAAAAAAUAAAAACAGACUUGUGGGAUUUUUCCUUAAAUUCACCGGUUUGCGAAAUAACGAAUUUAUUCCUUUCAUUUGCACCAUACUGUAUGUCUCACCUGAAGGAAACCUAUAUUUUAUAAAUGAACGCAGUGGACUAUAAACUCGACUUUACUGGCUAAUUAGGUUUAAAUCUAAUCAAAGCUAAUAAAGUUAAUACGAAGAAUAAACUUUGCCUACAAAGUAAUAUUAACUUAUGUGAGGAUUCAGUCGUUCAGGGUUUGUUCCUAACUUCAUCAUUAACCGGUACCUCCAUAUAAACUCCAUUAAAUCAAACAUAAAAUAGUAUUAUGUAAAAUACACUAAACUUUUCAUAGUCGUAUCAACUUGGAUUCUCGUGUCACACAGUAUUUGGUGAUAAAAAGGACUUAAAUGAAAAGUAGAGAGUUGAGGAUUGUGAAAUCGAGAAAAAUAUCUUACUUAGGGCAUAGGAGGAGAUAUAAUAUACAUAUGUGCAAUUCUCUAGUUGAUUCAUUAACAAAAAAAUAGAAAAUCGAAGAGGUGUAGGUAGAAAGGCUUCUUGCUUGAGAAAUAGACAAAAUUGAACAGAAAUGUAAAACGCAUAACGCAUUCUCUUACAUACAGCAGAAAAUCAAGAAUCCUUUGCGAUAAUAUUCGUCAACAUCUGAUAAUUCUGAUAAAAAACACAAGUAGAAGUUGAUUUUCAAGUUAAUACAUGAAAACUUUUCAGUCCUACUGUCGUAAAGAAUAAUAUUUGCUAAAUUUGAAGAAAAACGCGCCACAAAAGAUUACCUUUGAUAAAGUUUUGUAUUUUGAAGCUCUUUUGUGGCGCAUUUUACUUUAAAUUUAUAGCAAAUCGUUCAAAUCUAGCAAAUGUGGCAAAAUCAUUCAAAAUCAAACUACACAAUAAAUAUGCACUAGAAAUAAACAAACCAAGACACGUUGAACGUUACUAGUACUCCCAAACUUUUAGGAGCACUCCCAAACCAUGGUUUACAAUGUAUAUCGUACAUUCCAUGUCAAAUUACUCAGGCAAAAACCUUUGGAUCUCCGAUUUUUCUGAAACUUGGUGUAUAGCUUCUGCGGGACGUAAAAAUAAGACAUUUAAGGUCAAAAAGUGUUCUUCUUUUUUUUCUAAAAAAAUGUUAAGUUAUGCGAUUUUACAGUGAUUUGGUAUGUAUUUAAACAAAUUUGCAUUUUCUAACGUAAAAUAUCAAUUUGGAAAAUAACAUUUUAAUAGAAGUGACUCAUAAAUUUUAUUAUAAGGAAAUAUAAUAAGUUAUUUUGAUUUAAAACACGUUUUUGACAAAAUUUUAGUGAAGAAAACGUUAAAAUAACGUUUUUAAAUUUUUUCCUAAAUUCCCAAAAUACAUCAUAUCCGAUUUGGCUGAAAAUUUGUCCACAGAUACCCAAAACAUAGGAUUUUAUGUGGUUACAAGGAUUUGAAUUAUUUUAUAAUACAAAGAAAGUUACAUGCAACAAUAUCAGACUCAAAAGUAAAUGUCCAGUCGGGUUAGCAUUUGACCUUGCAUGCCGAGCUGCCCAAAAUUUUAUUUUUCUAACCUUUAGAGGUGUCAAUAGUAGCCUAAAUUUAAAAUCUCGAAUGAAUUCCUCCGUUGCGUUGGCCAUUAUCUUGAUUUUAAAGGAUAACCGUUUUUGCUCAACAUCUCCGCCAUUUUUAACUUUUCGACAAAAAUGGUAGGAACUGAAAUUGUUCCAAAUAAAUCGUAUUUACUACAUAUUACAAUUUCUUUACAAUUUUUGUCGUGAAGUCGAUAUUUAGGUCGAGAGGCCGAGUUAAUUGUACUUACAGUAGAUGCCUAUAUUUUUGACUAUGAAAUUGCAUGUAACUUUUUUAGUAUUGUAAAAUAAUUCAAAUCGUUUUCACCACUUAAAGUCUUAUGUUUUGGCUAUCUGUGGGCAAAUUUUCAACUAAAUCGAAAAUUAUGUAUUUUGGGAAUGGAGGAAAAUGUAAAACGUUUUAAAAUUUUAACGUUUUCUACACUAUAAAAUUUUAUCAAAAACCUUUUUUAAAUCAAAAUAACUUGUUAUAAUGCCAUACCAUAUAAUGACAUUUUUGAGUCCCUUCUAUUAAAAUUUUAUUUUUUCCAUUGAUACUUUACAAUAGAAAAUAAAAAUUUGUUUAAAUAAAUACCAAAUCACUGUAAAAUCGCUUAAACAUUUUUGAGAAAAACAAGAAGAAGAAUAAGAACACAUUUCGACAUUAGAUGUCUUAUUUUUACAUUCCGCAGAUGCUAUAUACCAAUUUUCAGACAAAUCGAAGAUCCAAAAGUGUUUUGAUCCAAAAUUGAGUGAUUUGAAACAGAAUAACCCAUAAUACAUUGUAAAUCCCAAAUCAUGAUUUAUAAAUUGUAUACAUUGUAAAUCAUGAUUCGCGAGCGCUCCUCGUAACAUUCAAUGUGUCUUGAUCUAUCCCAAAUCAUGAUUUAAAAAGUUUAUAUAAUGUAAACCAUGAUUAGCGAGCGCUCCUUGUAACAUUCAACGUAUCUUGUUUUGUUUAUUUCUAGAGCAUCUUUUUUGUGAUUUUAGCAUAAGAUUUGAUUUUUCAUCAAAAUGAAAAUAUAUUUUGCGCCGCGUAAUAUUCAUAUCAGCUCUUUUGUAGCUGAAAUAUUGUGUGCGACUGCGCCACUUAUUUUUACUGUGUUUAGCGGUUUUUUAUUCUUGUAAAUAGCUUGAAAGUAUUGUUAAUUUUUUUUAUAUAACUUUCACGAUAAUUUUCGUAAAAUUAUAGUCAUAAUAUAUCUGUAAAGUAUUUUAUUCAGGAGAUAAAAUUGAGUGAACUAAAACAGUUUUUCCAAAUUUUUUGUUUCUAUUUGUUGUUAUUGUGUAUGUUUGUAAUUAUGUAUGUAUGUAAUAUUUAUUGCAAAUGUUUGUAGAAAUAAAUUAUAUUUUAUUGUUA